GAAGCUGCAUGUACUGCACGUACAGCUAGCUAUGCGCUUGACACACUGCAUGUGUACUGCUAUGCUAGACUAGGCUGCGGCAUGAGCGAAGCGUACGGCCGGCUGCGCUGGUCGGACCCUGCAACAUAACUUGAAAUCGAGGUCUGCAUGUACUUUGAUGUGCAUGACAUUGAUGUGCAUAUGUGCGCCCAGCGUAAACUAAAAUAAUCUAAGUAUCAUGGGGAAAUUAAAAACAUUUGUGAUAGUUUUCGACGGAGACGACUUGGAUGUGUUCAGCUCUGGCGACGUCAUCAGCGGUUACAUCAAGAUAGUUUUGGCAGCACCGAAGGAUGAUGUCAAAUCAAUCAAAAUCAAAUUUAAGGGCAAAGCUCACACUCACUGGAGUGAAGGGUCAGGGGACGACAAAAAGACUUACGAGGGCAACGAGACAUACUUCAAGGACAAAAUCACCUGCUGGGGGAAAGAUGACAGUGGAAAGCGUGUCUUGGAAGAAGGGGAGCAUCGCUUCCCGUUUUCCUUUAAGAUUCCUGAUGUUCCGCUGCCGUUCCCGUUUGAGUCCAGCGUCGGUUGGAUCCGCUAUAAAGUGAUGUGCAAGAUCGACCGGCCGUGGAAGUUUGACCAUGAAACACAGAGGCUGUUCACUGUCACAGGUCAGCCGAUUGACCUCGGGCAGAUACCUAUGGCCAUGUAUCCUGUAAGUGAAUCGGACACCAACACUGUCUGCUGUUGUUGCUGCGCCACUGGACCCAUCAUCACCAAUGCCUCCGUCGACAAGGCCGGCUAUGUUCCCGGGGAGACCAUGUUUGUCUUUGGCACAGUGGAAAACAACAGCACCCGCAAGAUCCUCUGUCUCAAUGUGCGACUCAAGCAGUACGUGAAGUUCUUCUCUUCAUCAGGGCGUCACUCAACAAGUCGUGAGUAUAACGUGAUGAAGGAGAAAGCUCCUGGAUGUGAGGAAGGUGAAACAGCUAGGAUGGAUUGGAAACCUCACAUCAUACCCCCCAUCCCUCCCACUGGCCCUCAGGGAUGCAACAUCAUCAAGAUUGGUUAUGCAGUCCACUUUGAAGGUGACAUAGAGAACACCCCCUUCGAUGCUGAAGUGUUCUUGCCCAUCACCAUAGGGACUGUUCCGGUGUAUCGCCCCGUCUACCCGGACCCCACGGCCGUGGUGGUUCAUCAGCCAGCCAGCAAUGUUCUGCCGCCUCCAAGUUAUGAGGUUGCUAUAGAUGGACUCCAGGAGAUUCCCAGCAAGAGUGGCCAUGACUACACCUUUGGUAAGCUCAUGUAUGCCCCUCAGUACCCAACCUACAACCUGCCUGCAAUGCCCCCGACCUGGGAUCCUGCACACCCACCGCCAGUGGGAGACCCGACGUACCCACCAGGGGGUUACCCGCCCCCUGAUCAGCCAGGCUACCCGCCCGCCACUGGGUAUCCACCUGCAGGUGCAGAGGGUUAUCCACCACCUGCAGCUGCAGGUGCACAGGGCUAUCCACCACCUGACGGUGCACAGGGCUACCCGCCACCUGCAGGUGCACAGGGCUACCCGCCACCUGCAGGUGCACAAAGCUACCCGCCACCUGCAGGUGCUGUGGUCAAUCAACCAACUGCAGGCGCGCAGGGCUAUCCGCCACCUGCAGGUGCACAGGGCUACCCGCCACCUGCAGGUGCACAAAGCUACCCACCACCUGCAGGUGCACAAAGCUACCCGCCACCUGCAGGUGCUGUGGUCAAUCAACCAACUGCAGGCGCGCAGGGCUAUCCGCCACCUGCAGGUGCAGAGGGCUACCCGUCUCCUGCAGAUGGGGAGGUCAACCAACCACCUGCAGGUGCAGAGAUCGAUCCACCACCUGCAGAUGGGGAAGGUAACCCAUCACCUGCAGAGCCUGCAGGUGAAGGAAGCGGGGAAGAAAAGCCUUUAUUGGAAGAAACUGAGGGAAUUGAAUUGCACAAGAUUUGAAUUCUACAUGAAUGGUGAGUUUAUUAUUCCAUUGAAAUUGAAGAGUAGCUUAAGCAUAAUUAGUUUUCAUUCUUGCCUCUUGAUGUAAAUAUAUUACAAAAAAUUAAAGCGAAGACAUUUACAGUGACAGGGGAAAGUGUGAGUGGGACAGUAUCAAAGCAUUACUAGUUAUUUGUAACUGACUACAUUUUAUGCGUGGUUAUGGAAAACUUUCUUUCUUCCCAGGUUUGAUGAAAUGUCAUUUUUUGCACCAUUAUUUUGCAUAUGUUUUAAACAGGGUUGUAGUUGUUAGCUUUUGCAUAUGAAUAGUUAUGAAUAGUUUUGCAAGAUUAUUUUAAACAUAGUUAUCAGGGUAUACAAAGUUGUUAAUUUUUGCAACACUUCUGGUAUAUUGCUUAUUAAACUUGCUUUUUGCAGUUUGCACUUAGAAAUAAGUUGGUAUAUUAAACAGAGUUUUUGUUACGAUAUAUUUGGUUUACAGUAUUGACAACUAAUUUGAAAUAAAGGAACGGACCAAUGCUUCCUAUUACCCUACCCACCUAGAAAAUUAUACAGAACCUAAAUAAUUUUAUUCAUAAAUAACAGGUUUUUUUUAAAUUGUGGUGCUGCCCCACCCUAGAUUUUUGUAAACAUCGUCCUGCAUUUUAAAAAAAUGUAAUGAAUUUUGUAAGUUGGUUGGCAGUGCGGUCUUGCCGCACCGUGCAGCGAAGCCUUGCCGCACCGUGCAGCGAAGCCUAGAACAGCACAGCAAAUGCAGAUACAGUAGAUUCACAUGUUAACUGUUAAGUAAGAUUUGAGGCUUUGCCUGGUGGAGAUACUAAAUAAAGAAA